AUGGAAACCGAAAAGAUUGGAGAUGUUUAUGAAAAUGAUGAACCUCCGAAAUAUGGCCUUAAGCUUCUCUUAAAUCAUGAAUUUCCUUUAAAAAGUAAACAACUCCUUAUACCUAGGCCCAAACAAAUUUUUGAAAUGAUGCCCCUCACCGCAAGAUAUUUUAAAUACUACCUGGAAAGAAAAUUUCAAAGAAGACGGCCCAUAAUGGAUUAUAUUCAUAUGAUCUCAGCUCAGCGUAUGUAUGGUUGUCCUAUUGGUGGCAUUGGUGGUGGCACAAUUGGCAGGGGAUUUAAAGGGGAAUUCUGUAGAUUCCAACUUUAUCCUGGCGUUUAUGAAUAUGUCACAGUGCCUGAAUGCCAAUUCAUUGUCAAUAUUAGAGAUGCCAAGAAAGAAACCAUUUUUCAAUCUGUUCUAUCUACUUACAGCAAACCAAAGAAAGUACUUCCAUCAUGGGAAUGGAAUAUAAAGGGUGCAGAUUGUGAAUACACAGCUUUAUAUCCAAGAGCGUGGACUAGCUAUGACUUAACUAAGUAUGGUAUCAAAUUGAUAUGUCGACAGAUUUCACCUGUAAUACCUCACAAUUAUAAGGACAGUAGCUUGCCCUGCGCUGUGUUUGUGUUCUCCGCUAAAAAUAUCAGCAAUGAACCAAGAGACGUCAGUAUAACUUUCACAUGGACAGAAUGUUUGGGUGAAUCAAAAAAGAAAGGUGGAAGUAAAUUGGAUUUAGAAAGAUAUUCAGCUGAAAAUACCUGCGGUGUUACAUUAGAGCAGAAAAUAGCUGACACGCCGUGUACAUUCACCAUAGCCAAAAACAAACCGGAAAAUGAGACCAUACACGAAGGGUAUUGUCUAUGGAACUCUACCAAAACAUCCGGUUAUGUCUGGGAAUGCUUAAAGAAACAUGGCCGGCUUGAACCAGAUCCUAGCCAGACCCCGCCGCCGCCGAAAGUAGAUAAGACUGACAAAGAAAGCAAGGAGGAAAAGGAAAAAACUAAGAAGAUAUACAAGAAUGAUUCCAUAGCACUAUCAAGCAAUAUUUCCUUGGACCCGGGCGGCAGCGGUUCCACUGAAUUCUGUCUCGUAUGGGACAUGCCCGUCAUUAAAUACAAAAAAGAUAGUAAAGUCCACAAAAGGUAUUAUACUAAAUAUUUUGGUAGCGAUGGUAUAGCUGGUGCAAGUAUAGCUGCGUAUGCGCUUAGGUAUUAUAAGAGGUGGGAGAAGCAACUCGCAGAGUGGCAGGACCCUAUAUUAAAUAAUAGUUGUAUACCAGACUGGUUGAAAAGUGCCUUAAUGAAUGAGCUUUAUUUUGUUGCUGACGGUGGUACUAUAUGGUUUGACGUCGCUGAAGAAUAUCCAGAUACCGACCCGAGACAUGAAUUCGGCGUUUUCGGUUAUCUGGAGGGUCAUGAGUACCGAAUGUAUAACACAUACGACGUACACUUCUACGCAUCCUUCGCGUUAGCACAACUAUGGCCUAAUUUACAAGUUGUAUUACAAUAUAUGUUCAAGGAAACUAUAUCCAUUGAAAUAAACAAACUGCGACCGUCGCUGUAUGACGGGAAAAGUUGCAAGUUUAAGAUCAAAGACUCGAUACCACACGACUUGGGCGAACCUGAUGGCAUCCCGUUCACUCACAUAAACGCGUACAACAUACACGACGUGUCCGAGUGGCGCGACCUCAACCUCAAGUUUAUAUUACAAGUGAUGAGAGACUACCGCUUACUGCGAGGACACAACGCGCCCUUCAACACCGAGAGGUAUCGCUCUAUGGCUUACAUAGACGACAUUAAAGAAGGUACUGAGGACGAUUUGUAUUCAAGAUCCACGGGCCAGGUCGAUGAUCCCGCGCCAGUAUCGCCGGAUUUAUCGACCAACUUGUCGACCGAUAUAUCGACCAACCUGUCGACCGAUCCGUCCACUUUAGAGAGGCCGAGCGGAGUGGCGAAUAUAUUGGAGCUGUUAUAUCGUAGUACGGAAGUUGUAGAGGAUUGUGGGGAGAAAUUACAACCGCAGGAGUCAACGGCCAUUGUGUGGGAUUCGAAGCAGUAUCUGUGUGAUAUGUACCCGUCGUGUGUGGCGCUGCUGAGGCGAGGAUUGGAUUGGGAUAGGGAUGGGGAUGGACUCAUAGAAAACGGGGGUUUCCCCGACCAGACGUACGACGCAUGGGUUAUGACUGGCCCCAGUGCAUAUUGCGGCGGAUUGUGGGUAGCGUCAGUAAGUGCGGUUCACGCGAUGGCUAAAAUACUUGGCUUUACGGACGAUGAAAAGGAAUUCAACACUUUACUGGAGAAAGCAAAAGAUGCGUACGAAAGGAAACUAUGGAACGGAUCGCAUUAUAAGUUUGAUACGAAGCCUUGUAACAGCGAGGUCGUGAUGGCUGAUCAAUUAGCAGGACAAUGGUUUCUAAGAGCAUCUGGGUGGACAGAACCUGUAUUUCCCGAAGCGAAUGUAAAGAAGGCUUUGCAUACUAUAUAUGAGAAUAAUGUUCAGAGGUUUCUGAAUGGACGUAUGGGUGCUGUGAAUGGAUUUAUUAAGGGUCCGCGACCAGGAAUAGAUACUACGGCGAUACAGAGUGAGGAAGUGUGGACCGGAGUGACCUACGGACUGGCGGCGCUUAUGAUAUAUGAAGGUAUGCACGAACAGGCUUUCUCAACCGCGGGCGGCUUAUACAACACCUUAAUGAAGAUGGGCCUCGCGUUUGAAACCCCUGAAGCGCUCUACGAAAACGGCAACCAUCGUUCAGUGGCAUACAUGAGACCUCUCUCUAUAUGGUCUAUGUAUCACGCGAUCAUAACGAAACCACCACAACACGGGGCAACCAGUAAUGGACAACCUCAUCACGCUAAGGAAAAUCAUUUAUAG